AUGAAAAUUUUUUUAUUCUUUUUUCUUUUACUUACUAGUAUACUUUAUGUUUAUGGAUGCCAACAUGGAGGUAAUAUCUAUAAAAAUGGUGAAGAAUGGAAGGAGAAAGCUGCAUUUGUUAUGAAAUGUUCAAUAUCUGAAGAUGGAUCAUGGAGAACUGAAGUUACUGCCUGCCUUACACCAUCUGGUGAAAAGAUUCCAAUUAAUGGUAGUGUUGAUAUUGGAAAUGAUCAAUGGAAUUGUACACUUGAUUCAAGUGGUUUAGUUACACUUAAACAAGGUGUCAAUGCAAAUGCCAAAUGUGAAGGAGGAUAUAGUCCUGGAGAGAAAUGGAUUUCAAAAUCAUUUGAAUUUGAAUGUUUACCAGGUGGUGGGCAAAAACUUAUUUCAUGUGUACAUGAAGAUGGAACAAAGAUAGGUGUCAAUAAGACAGCUAGUAUAAAAAGUAUGCAAAUUGAAUGUCUUCAUUUUAGAAAUGGAACAGUUCUUAUGAAAAGUUCCCGUGGUACAGCACCAGCUAAUCUUAAUAGUAAUUCAGGUAGUUCAGUUCAUAAAGUACAUCCACAAAAUUCACCAGAUGAAGGAAAUAUUGUUGUUCAUUGUGUUGAUGAUAGAGAACAAAUUCAUAAAGUUGGUGAUAUAUGGAUUGAAAAUGAAUUAUUUAAAAGAAAAUGUGUUGCUAAUGGAAUCAGUGAAAUAAUUGGUUGUGUUAGUAAAGAAGGUCAUGAUAUACCACUUAAUCAAGAAGUUGUUCACAAAAAUAUGAAAUAUAAAUGUGAAAAAACUGAAGGUGGUGCAAUAAGAUUUAAAGCCGGACCUGCUAAAAAAUAA